AUGGACAUUCCAGAGUGUGGUGUUCCUCAUGAUGGUUUGAUUUCAGAGGGCCUUAAUCGUGCUCCCUUGCGUGUGCUUGUUGGCAGGGUGACGGUAAUGAAGGACAAGGAGACUCGCGAGAGCAAGGGGGUGGCGUUUGUGCUCUAUGUGCAUAAAGAAGACGCUCUUAAAGCGGUUGCAGUGAUGCAAGGGAAGCGUCUGAACGGCCGAAUGCUCAAAGUCAGCAUCGCCAGCGACAACGGCCGGGCUGCUGAGUUCAUUCGACGCAAGGAGUACAAGGACAAGAGCCGCUGCUACGAGUGCGGGGAUGCAGGCCACCUGUCAUACGAAUGCCCCAAGAACCAGCUAGGCCCACGGGAGAGGCCCACUCCAAAGCGCAAGCGCAAGAGCGGUGAAAGCAGAGGGGAGGCGGAAGGGGGAGAGAAUGAAGAGGAGGAGGAGGAGGAUGAAGUGGAGGAGUUUGAUGAUGAUGAUUGGGCGUCUGCUGUGGCUCCCAGGCAGAGCCUUCAAACGGUUGAAGCAUCAAUGGGAGCACAGCACAGCUCAAAGCUGUCGCUCAAGGGCCCAAAGAAGCAUGGAGGCUACUUCAGCGAUGAGAGUGGUGACGAAGAUGAUUAA